UCCCCCGAGGCUGAGUGGAACAGAGGAGGAGCUUCGGGACUGAGCCAAGUUCCACAUUCACAAGCCAGAAGCUGCAGGGAGAGGGGAGCAGGGAGACAGAAAAGGAGAGUGAGGGGACAGGAGGAAGCAAGGAACAGGGGACAGCUGCCUGGGGAGGGAGGCAGAACGGAGAAGGAGGCAGAAGGGAGAGGCAGAAACAGUCUUGGGUCAAAAGAGGAAGACCGAGGAGCAGGCAGGCUGCAAAAUGACAUUGCUCCUGUGGCUGUCAUCUGACUGGAGCAGCAUUGCUGUGCUGGGAGUUUUCCUUACCGUCUUCACCUUGGUUUUUGAUUUCAUGAAGCGCAGAAAGAAGUGGAGCCGGUACCCGCCAGGCCCCAUGUCGCUGCCGUUCGUCGGGACCAUGCCGUACAUCGACUUCAACAACCCGCACCUCUCCUUCAACAAGUUUCACAAGAAGUUCGGAAACAUCUUCAGCCUGCAGAACUGCUGGACCAAUGUGGUGGUGCUGAAUGGGUACAAAACCGUGAAGGAAGCCCUGGUCCACAAAGCAGAUGACUUUGCUGACCGGCCGUACUUCCCAACGUAUGAACAUGUGGGCUACGGAGAUAAAUCUGAAGGGAUUGUUGUAGCAAGAUACGGGCAUGUCUGGAAGGAGAUAAGGAAAUUCACACUCUCUACCUUGAGGGACUUUGGAAUGGGAAAGAAAUCCUUGGAGGAGCGAGUGACCGAGGAAGCAGGAUUCCUGUGCUCUGCAAUCAAAGCAGAAGAAGGUCGCCCUUUCGACUUACGUUUUCUUGUAAACAAUGCAGUCUGCAACAUGAUCUGCAGCAUCAUCUAUGGAGGGCGUUUUGACUACGGUGAUGAGGUGUUCAGGAAAAUGGUAGCUUUGUUUGAAAACUCCCUGAGUGAAGAAGCCGGAUUCCUGACUCAGUUUCUUAAUGUGAUGCCCAUUUUGUUGCGCAUCCCUGGACUGCCGCAGAAAGUCUUUCGGGCAAAAGCAUACAUGGACUUCAUAGACGUUCUCAUACAGAAGCACAUGGAGACCUGGAACCCUGAACACACCCGAGACUUCACUGAUGCGUUUUUAAAGGAGAUGUCGAAGGGUAAGGAGGCUGAAGAGAAUGGCUUCAAUUACAACAACCUGCGUCUGGUGACCGCAGACUUGUUUGCAGCUGGUUCUGACACCACCUCCGCCACCCUCCGGUGGGCAUUUCUCUACAUGCUUUUGCACCCAGGAACACAGAGUAAAAUCCACAAAGAGAUUGAUAUGGUGAUUGGAAGAGAGAGGUCACCCACCAUGAUGGACCAAGUGAACAUGCCCUACACCAAUGCCGUGAUCCACGAGGCACAGCGCUGUGGGGACAUCGCUCCUGUUGGGCUACCUCACAUGGCAUACCGGGACACCGAGCUUCAGGGUUACUUCAUUCCCAAGGGGACAACAGUCAUCACCAACUUGUCUUCCGUGCUGAAGGAUGAGUCAGUCUGGAAGAAACCAAAUGAGUUUUACCCUGAACACUUCCUGGACGUGAACGGGCAGUUUGUGAAACCGGAGGCCUUCAUGCCUUUCUCAGCAGGUCGACGUGUCUGCCUGGGGGCACAGCUGGCCAGGAUGGAGCUCUUCAUCUUCUUCACCACUCUCCUGCAGCAAUUCACCUUCAUGCUCCCCGAGGAUCAGCCCAGGCCACGGACGGAUGGCUACUUUGCCCUCAUAAAAUGCCCACACCCAUUCAAGCUGCGAGCUAUCCCAAGAUAAGUGCACACCACUCCCCUUUCACUCAGAGACCACCACAAAGUGCUGUCAGAAAUGCAGCAGGUCUAGGCAGGAUGAUGCCAAGUCCCACUUAAGACCACCUAAACCUGUGCAGAUGUCCCUAGCAGUGUAAAGAACGCUGUAGCCCAGUAUAUAGCUCAGCUUAAUUCCCAUCCUGGAUCGUGAAUCACACAGCCAUAGCACAUUACAGGUGAUGGUCACAUUUGCAAGGACGUAUAUAACCAAUAAACCAGUUCUGCUGUACUUUGGGCUCUCGUUGCAGAAACAGUUUACCGAGCACUUGGCUACUGGGAGAGUAUUAGCCCUGCCUUAUUGUGUACUGAAAUACGAAGGUAUCUGGGGUGAAAGAUAACCCCGGGGUCCUGCCAAUUCUAGGAGGAAAACCAACCAAACAAACAAACCUAGGAACAAUUUGCGAAGAGCUCCUGGCCACCUCCCUUCCCUGCCAUCUCCUAUCGGAAUAGCUCCUCCAAACAGCUUUUCUUCAGCGUUACAUAAAAACAGCUCUCGGGCAGGCUUGGCACGGAGCCGUGGGGUUGCAUUGCCUGGGGGUGAGCUGUACAUUUCGGGGCUGGCUCUCUUUUUUAUUCCUGUGUUAUUUCUGACCAACUGUUUCAUGAGGUUUGCAAAACGAUAACGGCUCGAUGUUCAGACUCAUCCUUAACAAAAUAAUUGUGUAAAAAAAAAAAUAAAUAAAGGUUUGAUGUUCAGACUGGCAGUAACUACCAUGAAGGAGCCUGUGUGCAUAACCACAACCUAGAAAAAAUAAACCAACUCAGAAGCUGUG